AUGGCUCCACCUCCAUGUGUUGGUCUUCUGAUGCUGCUCCUACUCCUAGCCGUCGUCGUCGCAUUGGUAUGGCCGGCCAUCAUGUGCACCCGGCGAGGCUGCCCGUCCAUGCGCUGCGAUUCGUUCGUUCGAGGCACCGCUACCGCCUGCCGGAGAAGAUGCCAGGCCGGCAGUGGGCGCCGGCUACUUCGCACCGAGAGAUCCAAUAUGCACCACUUCCUCCUCCUCUUUCUCAUUUUCUUGCUUCCCCAUGAAACCAGCUACUACGCGGCCGCAGCUUCCGGCGGUGGCGACUUGUGCAGCCGCCGGUGCGGCGGUACCACCGUCCCAUACCCUUUCGGAUUCUCCCCCGGCUGCCCCAUCGCCCUGUCGUGCGACGCCAGCACCUCCACGCCCAUCCUCCCAUACAUAGACAUAGGAGAUAACGGCACCAUGCACCGUGUCAUCGCCUUCAACUCCACCAGCUCCACGAUGGUCGUCAACCUCCCUCCAUCGUGCAGCCGCAGUGUCCCCGAGGCCAGGAGGGAACUCUCCGGGGGCAACUACGGCGUGUCAUCUCGCACCGGUCUUUUCCUCCGCGGCGGCUGCAGCGGGAUCAACGCUUCGGCGGGCGCUGGAUGCAGCGUGCCGGUGGACGUCAUGUCCAGGCUGCUCCGCACGGCGCACUGCGCCGCUAACAGCAACGGCACCUCGGCCAGUACCGUGGUUUGCGAUGCUUCCGCCGCAGGGAAUGCCACUGCAUACCAGUUUCUGCGGUGGGAGAAGUUGGAGAAGCAAAAGUGCGACGACGUGCUAACCUCCACGGUGUUCGUGCUCACGGCGGAGUGGGCGCCUACGCUGGAGUUCGGCGUGGCCGAGCUCGGCUGGUGGCUCAACGGGACGUGUGGCACCGGCGGGGGCGAGCGUUGCGCGGCGAACGCGAUGUGCACCGACGUAGAAACGCCUAGCGGGGAGUUGGGGCACCGGUGCGGGUGCGUGGCGGGGAUGGAGGGCGACGGCUCCUCGGCCGGCGACGGAUGCUACCUCGGUGCAUCCCUGCGUGGUGUCCCAAGCUCGAAGCGCCGAAGACUACCCCUGCUCGUCAGCCUGUGUGGUGGGUUCCUGCUUUCUCUUGGCAUUUUUUCCCUCUUCCUCGUACACUGGCGGAGAAGGCGUAAUACCAUGAACAAGACAACCAAACAGAUGCCGAAAAAGGCAAUGACACACUUCCAUGAUGAACUUGUGGAGGCCGAGCUGGAGCAAGGAGCCAGUGGCCCCCGACCAUUUUCCUAUCAGGAGCUCACUGUCGCCACCGACAACUUCUCCGAAGAUAGAGCGCUCGGGAGAGGAGGCUUUGGGUCCGUGUACCGAGGGUUUAUGGGCGACAUGAAUCGCGAAGUGGCUGUCAAGAGGGUGUCUGAGACCUCUCGACAGGGCUGGAAGGAGUUCAUCUCGGAGGUACGAAUCAUUAGUCGGCUUAGGCACCGGAACCUUGUGCAGCUCAUUGGCUGGUGCCAUGGUGGCGAAGAGCUCCUCCUCGUCUAUGACCUGAUGCACAAUGGCAGCCUCGACACUCAUCUCUACAGACCGGACUGCGUGCUGACAUGGCCGGUUAGGUAUGAAAUAAUGCUUGGCCUAGGUUUGGCGCUUCUGUACCUACACCAAGAUACGGAGCAGCGCGUGGUGCACAGGGAUAUCAAGCCAAGCAACAUCAUGUUGGACGCGUCCUUCACUGCUAAGCUAGGUGAUUUCGGCCUUGCAAGGCUCAUCAACGACGGCCGGAGAUCGCACACGACCGGCAUAGCUGGCACAAUGGGGUACAUAGAUCCGGAGAGCGUGUUGGCCGGUAGGGCGAGCGUUGAGUCAGACGUGUAUAGCUUCGGGGUUGUUCUCCUGGAGGUCGCUUGUGGGCGGCGGCCAACUUUGGUCCAAGAAGACGGAGAUGUCGUCCACAUUGUCCAAUGGGUGUGGGACUUGUACGGCAGAGGAUCAGUCCUCGACACCGCUGAUGAGUGGCUUAGGGGGGAGUUCGAUGAAGGGCAGAUGGAGCGUGUGAUGGUCUUGGGACUCUGGUGUGCGCACCCUGACCGUGGCAUGCGGCCAUCCAUCAGGCAAGCGGUGAGCGUGCUGCGGUCUGAAGCGCCACUGCCGAGCCUACCGGCGAGGAUGCCGGUGGCGACGUAUGGGCCACCGACUAAUCAUUCGAGUUCCGGAACUUUGGUGCUGAGCAGAGUCAGUGGCCGGUGA